AUGGCCGCCGUGCUGAAUGGAAUACUGGAUAGAAAUAAAUCGCUGGUAAACAAAUUAACAGUGUCAAAAACAAAUAAAACUGAUUGUGAAUUACAAUCUGACGAUAAUGUUUCUGACGAUCGUAUGACUCUCGUUCAGCGCAGUAAGAAAAAAGUCAAAUCAAUAUCUUUACCGCCAAUUGCUAAAAAAGUUGAAGAAAAUAUCAAUAAGAAAUUACAAUCUGACGAUAAUGUUUCUGACGAUCGUAUGACACUCGUUCAGCGCAGUAAGAAUAAAGUCAAAUCAAUUUCUUUACCGCCAAUUGCUAAAAAAGUUGAAAAAAAUAUUAAUGAAAAUAAAUCUCACAGACCCUCAAAGAUUUUGGGAUCACUCACAACUAGCUCCCUCUUCACGGCAUCUAAAUCCAUUAUUAAAAAAUUGUGUGUCCCGGCCGAGGAGUAUGGCAAGGUGAUGACUGCAUCAAACUGGCCUGCCUCAGUUGUCAUUCGUGAAUGGAUCUUCAAUAAAGAUAACACCAACUCCUCGAACACUCUGCCCAGUGCCAAGACAAAUACCUCUGCAAUGAAAGAUGUUAACACCGAAAAAACAGCGGCGUCAGCAGAUCAGAUAUUUGAAUGA